AUGCCUCCAAGCUCAAUCAGAAGAGCCCUUGGGGCAGUGAAGGAUCAAACAAGCAUAGGCCUAGCAAAGGUUGGAAGCAGCACUUCACUUGCUGACCUUGAUGUGGCCAUUGUGAAGGCAACGAGGCAUGAUGAAUACCCAGCUGAAGAGAAGUACAUAAGGGAGAUUCUCAGCUUAACAUGUUACUCUCGUGCAUUCAUCAGUGCAUGUGUUAAUACCCUCUCAAGGCGUCUAAACAAGACCAAAAACUGGACAGUGGCUUUGAAAACACUUGUUUUGAUUCAAAGGUUGUUAUCAGAGGGUGAUCCUGCUUAUGAGCAGGAAAUAUUCUUCUCAACUCGACGUGGUACUCGCCUUCUCAACAUGUCUGAUUUUCGUGACAACUCAAAAUCUGGUUCAUGGGACUUCUCUGCAUUUGUGCGCACAUAUGCAUUGUAUCUCGAUGAAAGGCUUGAGUACAAUAUGCAAAGCCGGCGUGGAAAGCGUAGCAUGUUUGGUUUUGAUGAAGAUGAGGAUGAAAGGGAAAAGGAAGGAGAAAAAGGCAAGGAAAUCGUUGUAAGAUCCACACCAUUGCGUGACAUGAAGUUAGAGCAAAUUUUUUCCAAAAUGCAGCAUUUGCAAUUGCUCCUUGAACGCUUUUUGGCUUGCCGACCUACAGGGGGAGCAAAGACUCAUCGAAUUGUGAUAGUGGCUCAUUACCCGAUUGUUAAGGAGAGUUUUCAUAUAUAUUAUGAAAUAUCAGAAAUACUUGGUAUCUUAAUUGAUCGCUUCCCUGAGCUGGAGGUGACAGAUUGUGUUAAGGUGUAUGACAUUUUCUGCCGUGUUGGAAAACAGUUUGAUGAGCUAGACCUCUUCUAUGGGUGGUCAAAGAGUAUUGGAAUUGCACGCUCUUCUGAGUACCCUGAGAUUGAAAUGGUCACUACAAGGAAGCUAGAGGUUAUGGAAGAGUUUAUCAAAGACAAGUCCAUCUUAGCACAGAACCAGAAGCCUAAUGCAGAAGAAGAGGAGGAGAAUGAGGAAGAAGAAGAAGAAGCUAAGGAACCGGAAGAGGAUAUGAAUGCAAUCAAGGCAUUACCACCACCAGAGGAAAUCGAGGAGGAACCAGCUGAAGAAGAGCCAAAGGAAGAAGAGGCAAAAGAAGAAAAAGUUGUGCAAACAGAAGGUGAUUUGUUGAAUUUAGGAGAUGAUACAGUGACAAGUGAAGAACGUGGGGACAAAUUAGCUUUGGCUCUAUUUGAUGGAGCUGCAGCAACAACAGGUGCCACACAAGCACUUCCAUGGCAUGCAUUUAAUGAGGGUGCAGAUUGGGAAACAGCAUUGGUACAAUCAGCUAGCAACUUAGUGAACCAAAAGCCAGAGUUAGGUGGUGGCUUUGAUACGUUGUUGUUGGAUGGGAUGUAUAAACAUGCAGAAAUGAAUGCAACCAUGCAAGGACAAGGGUAUGGGGUGAGUGGAAGUGCUAGCAGUGUGGCACUUGGUUCAGCUGGAAGGCCUGCAAUGCUAGCAUUGCCAGCACCACCAGGGAGUGAUUCUAGUUCAGGAACUGCUGAUCCAUUUGCAGCUUCAUUGGCUGUGGCACCUCCCUCUUACGUGCAAAUGUCAGAUAUGGAGAAAAAACAAAGGUUGUUAGUUGAAGAACAGUUACUGUGGCAACAAUAUGCAAGGGAUGGCAGGCAAGGACAUGUUGCACGCGCAAAGCAACAACCUACUAAUAAUACCUACGUGGGAGGGUAUCCACAGAACAAUGGCAAUUAUUAUCGUUAA